AGGUACUUGAACCUCCGGAAGAGAUGCUUUUAGAUCCUCAAAGAAUAGAAGAGAACUUUGAGGAUGGAAGUUUGGGAUUGGAAAUGAUGCUAAGAGUUUCUGCCCAUCCUCACCCGUUGAUACCAAAUGACGACGACGAUGAUGAAACAAUAUUUGUGUGUGACAGAUGUGAAGAACUAUGUAUUGGUUCUCGUUAUAGCUGUAAACUUUGUUCAUUCAACCUUGACAGUCGAUGUGCUACCUCAAAAGAUGAAACUCCAAAAGAAAGGAGUAUCAAAACCAUAGUCAACCAUUUUAGUCACCUCCAUCAAAUUACACGAUGCAAGAUUGGGAUUUUACAAACACAUCCAGACUUUGAUUUGGCUUGCAUGGCAUGUAGACAACGCCUUUGUGGUAUAAUAUAUGCUUGUGGCAUGUAGACAACGCCUUUGUGGUAUAAUAUAUGCUUGCACUCAUUGUUCAGAAUUCUUUGUACAUGAAUCCUGUCUCAAGCACAUGCUGAUGGAAGUUCAGAGCUUGUUCCACCCACAACAUCCUCUUCAACUAUUUCCAUCCGUGUCCAACAUACAAGAGAUAUGCAAAGCUUGCAGUGAAUAUGUUGAGUACCCAGUUUUUAGUUGUGUACAAUGCGGCAUCUUCAUGCACUAUUCAUGUGCUAAGUAUCAAUUUCGUGAGAUAAAACAUAAUUGCCAUGCCGAUCACCAUCUUCUACAUUUGGGGAAAGGCUUUUUCGGUGAUAAAUCUCCCCGAUGUACUACAUGUGGUCUAGCUUGUAAGGGCACAUUGUUCAACUGCCUCAAGUGUGGGUUUUACAUACAUCUUGAAUGCAUUCCACUACCAUCCAUCGUCAAGCACAAACGUCAUUUGCAUCCACUUGUACUCACAACUUUAGUGACUGAAGAUGGUUCUGAAGAAUACUAUUGUGAUACAUGUGAAACACAAAGAAAUCCAGAGCAUGACAUUUAUUAUUGCAAAGAAUGCAACUAUACAUCACAUAUUGACUGUGUGCUUUCAGAGGUUGAACCUCCAGAAGAUAUACUUCAGUUUCUAACUCCACAUUCAAAGGAAAGUGAUGGGCGACAUCGAUGGAAAAUAAUUCCUUGAACAUUAAUUUGCAACUAUGUAAUUUGGCAUGUAGUUUUUAACUAAUACUUAAA